AUGAGCUAUGAGCAACACACGAUCGUAUCUUCACCAACCAUAGCCGACAUUAUUAAGGCCGGACCAACUCCGCCCCCGCAGUCAACAAAGAACAAGAACAAGAUCGGUGCCGAACGAGUCCAACGGGCCAAGGAGCGAAUAUGUGCAGCAGCCGGUUCUGAACCGUCGCAGCUCUUUAGCAAGCAUGCUCCUCAGAGCUGGGGACAGAGCCUGCUUGAGCAGCUCGCCACUACCUUCAAGCUGGCCCAGAGUGGAAAAGCUGGCAUCACAGUGCAGCAAUUAGUAGCUCGCCUCAAGGAAGAGGCGAACCGGGACCAGACUGCCAAGGGUGUAGUCAGCAACGGUAUUGUCACCAGGAUUAAGUUAAAGAUCGGGGGGAAGUCGCAGGGAUGUGAACCGCCAGACGGCGAGGAUGAGGUCGCAGACUCUGACGGGGAUGCACACAUGACCUCAUCACCAUCCAAGGGUCGACCUCACAAAAGACACCGCAAGAACCCCGAGACCGAACGUGAGCCCCAGGCUGUAGCAGGAGGCACAUAUGGCAGAGAGGAUGAAGAGGACGCAGAAGGCUCUCGAGGCAUCGUCUCUUCCAGCGCCGAAGCAAGAGGUCCCAUCGAGGAAUACCAGAAGCGCAUCACUGCACACCGACAGCGCCUCCAACUCUUCGAAACCGACCGCGACGCGGCACAGGCCCGCAUCAACCAAACAGAUACUCUGAGGGAGGCCCUUCAAGAAGCCAUCUCAAACCGUAAUAUCGCUAGCGCAAAAGCCCAAAAGUCCGCGGUCGCACUUACCGAGCUUGAGGCGCUGGUUGCCCGCAAAACAGACAUCAGACGAGGCGAACCGCGAAGCCGAACAAGCAGAGGCUGA